AGCAAGUCGCGCUAAGGCAAGAUAAGUUGGACUACAGAAGCUGCUCUGCUCGUCUCGGUCCCACAGAAUUUCGGCUAACGUUAACUUCCAUCGAACUUCCAAAGCAAUGCUUUCAGCCUGAUUCAGUGCAGCGACUCCCGUGUUUCCUGCGGCUAAGGACAAGAUAAAACCCUUCAACUUGGCACAUACCACAUUGAUGUGGUGCAGACAGGAUGUCAGAGGAGGUGUUGGUCAUCGCCAAGUUUGACUACGUCGCCCAGCAGGACCAGGAGUUGGACAUAAAGAAAAACGAACGCCUGUGGCUGCUGGACGACUCCCAGUCCUGGUGGCGAGUUCGCAACGUCACCAACCAGACUGGGUUGGUGCCGUCUAACUACGUGGAGAGGAAGAACAGUGCCCGGAAAGCCUCCAUUGUAAAGAAUUUAAAAGACUCUCUUGGCAUUGGGAAGGGGAAACGAAAGGAGGGAGGCAUGAAGGACUCGGCCUCCAGCACAGACGGCGACAUGUAUGCAGACAACGGCGAGCGCCUGUACGACUUGAACAUGCCCGCCUUGGUCAAGUUCAGCUACACGGCCGAGCGCGAGGACGAGCUGUCGCUGCUGAAGGGGACGAGGGUCAUCGUCAUGGAGAAGUGCAGUGACGGAUGGUGGCGAGGGAGCUACAAUGGCCGCUCGGGCUGGUUCCCCUCCAACUACGUGACGGAGGACGUGGACGGGUCGGCGGGCGGUGACCUGGCCGGGUCGCUGAGGGAAAAGCUCGGGUCGGUGGCGCCCAUGACCAACGGUAGCAGAGUGCUCCACGUCGUGCAGACGCUCUACCCGUUCAGCUCCAGCAACGACGAGGAGCUCAACUUUGAGAAAAGCGAAAUCAUGGACGUGGUGGAAAAGCCCGAGAACGACCCCGAGUGGUGGAAGUGCCGCAAGCAAGACGGCCAAGUCGGCCUGGUGCCCAAGAACUAUGUGACCAUCCUGCAGAAUUCCCAUCCUGUGCCACUGAGCGCAGGGCCGCCCACUCCAGACUGUGACAACAUUGAACCCUCUUUGAGUGGGAAGUUUGCGGGCCGGCAGUGGUACUAUGGCAGGGUCACGCGUCACCAGGCAGAAGUGGCCCUCAACCAGCGAGGGGACGAGGGGGACUUUCUCAUCCGGGACAGCGAGUCGUCGCCAAACGACUUCUCCAUUUCCCUGAAAGCACAAGGCAAGAACAAGCAUUUCAAGGUCCAGCUCAAGGAUGCAUUGUACUGUAUCGGGCAGAGAAAGUUCAGCUCUAUGGAGGAACUGGUGGAACACUACAAAAAGGCCCCUAUUUUCACCAGUGAGCAAGGGGAGAAACUGUACCUCGUAAAACCCAUGUCCUGAUCCUGUACUUCACCUAGAGCUCAACUCUUCUCUGUCCCUGGCUGUAAUGAACGGGGAUUUCCACCAUUUUCACAAGAUGGGAGAAACAGACUCUCCAUUGGACUCCCAUCUGUCAGCAUCCAAUUGGAUGACAUUCAGAUAUCCUCAGUCCUGUCUGGGUUGGGUAUAUGUGUGCGUAUGUUGACCUGUACUGCAAAUAUGUUUCUCUUUAAUAUAUGUCUAGUUACUCUUCCCUCAAUCUGAAAUCAGUCAUAUCUCCAUGUGAAUCUGUUUUUAUUUAUCUGUGAUUGAGUAUGAGCAACUAUGAGCAAGUCAUUCUCUCCUCAGUCUUAUUACUCCUAAUUACACAUUAACAGCAGAGUCAGUCUGAUCAAAUAAUAGACGUACAGACCUCCUGCUUAUAAAUGGACAUAGCUUGUACAAGAAGUUUGAGGGCAUCUGAGUGAGUGUUGCAGUGGCUGUUUUUGACAUCAAUUCACCAUCUCACAUGAACUGUUAAAAGUUAAAACCUUUGUUCUUCUAUGGGUUUUGGUCAUCUUAAGAUGGUCUAUAAAUAGUUUUUAGAUGUUCUACUGCAGUUACACUAUUUGUUGUGGCCUACAAACUUGUACUAAACCAAAUCUAAAUCGCUUUCCCAUGAUCUGCACAAGACAGCUGUUUAUAAGGAUGCUGAGGAAGUUGGCGUAUACUGUGAGUGUAUAUUUUUUAUAGGUUCUACAUUUCUUAGAUGGAGGGUGCCCACAGAAUCCGAUUUCCGUGUGCUGUUGGGUUGGUCAUGCUUAAGGAUGGUGUUAAUGCAGACAAUUGUCUUGUGUCUUCAAGUGUGUCUGGAUGACAGAAGGAAUGACUUUGGAUGUCUCUGACCAUGCUCAUCAGUCUUUUCUACAUGCACCUAUGGGUUGGCCAGAACCAUGCUGGUGCUGUUUUCAAUGAAUGGUUGGUAAAUGUACAAUCAUCGUAUAAGACCUGGUGACAUGGGAGGGGAAAAAGUAAGGUGGAAUAUGACCUGCUCAGUGAAAGAAACUGAUUGCUUGAGGAUAAAGCUACAUGAUGAGGAGCAGUUGAAACGUUGAGGGUCAGUGGCCAAAUGUUUAUGAAGGUAAUGAAGUCAUGCUUUAAGACACAGGCUCAUGUAAACUGUUGUUACUGUCACUCAAAAUAUCUUAAAUCCACAAUGAACCAAAGCUCCUCAGUCUGGUUUUUUUUUUUUUUUUUACUAUCAGAAGCUUUAACAUUCAGUUUGUAUGUCCUAGAUAUAGAUGCUAUAAAAGUAGCAUCUAUUGAGGGGCACUGUUUCAAUACUUAGUGAUAUUGGAGAUGGAGAGAAACUCACUGUUGAGAAUUUUGCAAGGGCACAGAUUGUUUUCAAACUAGAAUAGUGUAACAAUAGAUUUUAUAUUUUCUAAGAUAUAGACAUGACACAAAUGUGGCCUUAACUUAUUUUAGAUGAUUGUAUUAACCAGUUAUGUAAACUUUUAGACAACCUUUGAAUUGCUUUUAAUUUAGCACUUUCACAGAUUGUGUGUCUGUAUUACAUGUCUCUUGCCUCUAGUGUCUCUGAUACAAUGGUGUUUUUUUUUUUUUUUUAGAUACUCAAAUUCAUUAGCCUACUUUUUAUAUAUAACAUUCUAGCCGAUUAGACAGCAAAUCAGCCCAGACAUUCACACAGUUAAAAAGUGAACCUCCCAAAAUUAAAGGGAUUAUUGAUACUGUGAGCAAAAAUGCAUUUACCUUUGAUGCUUGCAUAAGUGUGGUCAGAUCUUUCUACAUGCAAUGUCCAAAACAUUUUCCUCCUACAUUUCAGAUUAAUAAAUUAUAUCAUAUUAUUUACGUCAUUUAUGAACAUGUGGCAUUUUCUAUUGUUAAUAAAGCAGUUGAAUGAGCA